AUGCCACGUCNACGGCAUGUCAGCGACUCGGAGAAACGACAGAGUCAAAGUGAAAUUCGCACAUUAUUCGCCACUCCGGUUUUUCGCUUGCGAUCUCUGGGCUCGAGAGCCUCACAGUGUGGUUCGCCAGGGAUUUGUCAUAGCCAGGAAAAAGAUGACAAACUUCCAAAUAUUUCGGAACAAUUCUAUACGUUUCGCGGUUGUAAAGACAAGGAUAUUAUUCACGGUGGUCUCAAAGCCGUAUUGUGCUGCUAUACAAUGCAACAUGGUUAUUACGGGGGAACAAUGUCCGAAUCUAUUUCGCUUAUCAUUUUUACCGAAUGUGGUUUGUGGGAGUGUUUAGGAUAUUUCGGCAUAUCAGCAACCAAAUUGCGUGGAUUACAUUCAACCAUAUUUCGUAAACUAUGCUUCGGACGACGAAGAAUAUCCAUGGAUUUGUACAUCACAAUUUUCCUUCGUUGGUUAGCGGAAGCUGUUCAACAUUAUGUGGGGAAAGAUGUACCUGUAUUGAGUAUUAUGAUCAAUACUCUCGUGUGGCCGCUAUUCGAGGGCAAAACACUGUUACAAAAAGUGCUCGGUAAUCCGGAACAUCGGCGUCAGCGAAAAGUACAGUUUAAUGUGCAACUGAAACUACAAGUACCCAGACACAGCCGAAUGUAG